GUGACCCAUUCAGAGUGGGAGGGAAAAGAUGGCGGCCAAUGUCAGCCUCCUAAACAUGGCUGUGUUCAGCGGUAGUUCCCGCGGUCUGUGGCCGCCGGUGAAGCGCCUCCAGGGAGGCCUGCUGCUGCUCCUGGCCGCCGGCCUUCUCAGCCAGCGGGUCCGGGCGGAUGAGCAGGAGUUCAUGGAGGACUUUCUGAAGCGGGAAUAUUCCCUGGUGAAGCCGUACCGAGGACUUGGCUUCUCUAGCUCCUCCCAGUGGGAUCUGAUGGGAACCGCCAUGGUGACGCCCGACCACGUCCGACUGACCCCUGACCUGCAGAGCAGACAGGGAGCUGUGUGGAGUCGCAUCCCUCUGGUUUUGAGGGACUGGGAACUCCAGGUUCACUUUAAAAUCCACGGCAGCGGGAAGAAGAACCUGAACGGGGACGGACUGGCCAUCUGGCUCACCAGAGACCGCAUGCAGAAUGGUCCAGUUUUCGGGAACAUGAACCAGUUUGUUGGACUGGGAGUAUUUGUGGACACCUACCCAAACGCAGUGAAGACUCAUGAUAGGAGUUUCCCGUACGUCUCGGUGAUGCUGGGAAACGGGACGCUGUCGUACGACCACGAUCUCGACGGACGGUCCACGGAGCUGGGAGGAUGCUCCGCCAUGACGCGUAACUCCGUCUACGACACCUCCCUGCUGCUGCGAUACUCCAAGAACACGCUGACGCUCCUGGUGGAUGUGGACGGCAAACAGGAAUGGAGAGACUGUGCUGAAGUCAGCGGGCUCCGCCUGCCAGCAGGGUACUACUUUGGAGCUUCCUCUGCUACCGGAGACCUGUCAGAUAACCAUGACAUCAUCUCAAUGAAGGUCUACCAGCUGACUGUGGAGCGGACUCCAGAGGAGGAGGAGGAGGAUGAAGAGGUGGUGUCCAUGCCGCGGGUGGACAACAUGAAGCAGUUUGAAGUGGACGUGGAGGAUGAAGGAAUGAGUGGAGUCCAGUUCUUCUUCACGCUGCUGUUCUCCAUCCUGGGCCUCGGCGUUCUGGCGGUGGUGGGUCUGGUGCUCUACAGCCGCUGGAAGGAAAACAAACGCAAACGCUUCUACUGAGGAGGCUCCUCCAUCACCAUUACAACCACUGAUGAACAGAACCAACCAGAACUCUCCUCACCAGCAGGGGGCGGCUGCGUUCAGAUCAGGUGUCUCUGAUUGGACAGUUGCGUCUGUGGCGCUGGAAGAUAAUCUAAAGAAUUAGUUUUCUAGAAGCAGCCAACUGCAGUCUGAUGACCUUAUUGCUGCUAAAUGAGCAAACUGAGUCCCUGUGAGACCCCCCACCCCCACCUAUAGCCAUUCAAUCAGUAACUGUGAAGUGAUUUACUCUGCUAGCUGCUCCUACUUUCUCUCUGAGGUUUCCUCCAGUUUACCUCAGACUGUUGCACUGAUAUAGACCCACCGCCUGUUGGACCUCAGGGAUUAAAGGCUGGUUCUGUGCCUGGUUCUGACUGGACCCGGUCUGACCUGCCUGGUUCUGACCCACAAACACCCGACCCUGAAUGACCCGUAGCCUUUUAACUUUCUAAUUGUUUACAUCAGAGAUCAGAUGAGUUUCCAGCCGGGAGCUUCUACAGACCUCUGACUUCAGCAGGGUGAGGGCGCUGACCAUCAUCGUCAUCCUCUUUGACCAUCAUCGUCAUCCUCUCUCUGAGCAUCAUCGUCAUCCUCUCUGAGCAUCAUCGUCAUCCUCUCUGACCAUCAUCGUCAUCCUCUCUGACCAUCAUCGUCUUCCUCUCUGAGCAUCAUCGUCAUCCUCUCUGACCAUCAUCGUCUUCCUCUCUGAGCAUCAUCGUCAUCCUCUCUGACCAUCAUCGUCUUCCUCUCUGACCAUCAUCGUCUUCCUCUCUGACCAUCAUCGUCUUCCUCUCUGACCAUCCGUGGAGUCUUCUAAACUAAGCAGGGCUUCCAGCCUCCAAUAAUACUUCAGAACUGUCUGAGGCUAUUGCCAUGGUUGCAUCUGAUUGGUUGACGUUUAUCAUGUGAUCCUAUGAAUGAUUCUGGACCUGUAAUUACCAGCAGCAGUCAUUGGUCAGUUUACCUGCUGUUCCUCCCUGUUUGAUCCUCAGGUCUUUCUGUUUUGUUUCCUAACUGAUAGCUAGCGGAUGCUAAUGUUGCUAAUUCUUCUAACUUUUCUAUGCAGAUGCUCCAGUUUAGCAUUAGUCAGACUUUAGAUACGAGCCGAUCAUCGAGUAAAAGACCUGUUGGUAAAAUGUUGAACUAUUUCAGGAAAACUGUGAUAAAUGUGAUCCGAGGGGAGAAUGUUCUCCAGUCCUCAUUCUAUUAAAGUUUCUGUUCUUCUGUUUGCUUCCAUCCAGUUCAUUAGUUCUCAUUUAGUAUUCAAACCCACAGCAGACAUUGAAAUAGAACAAAUAGAACAAGCUACUUGGUCCCAAUGGAAUUUCCCAUUGGGAACCUGCUAGCACUAAGUUGCUAACUGUAGCUACCAGAUCUGCUUCCUGCCGGUGACGUUAGGCUACAUGAUUGGAUGAACGUUACCUUAUGAUGUGAAACAUUGUGGUUGCCCGGACAACAAUAAUAACAAUGCAGCGUCCGUGUGCAGAGUCGGGAGCAUCUGUAGCGUUAGCGUGUCUAAUGGCCGAUGAAGUUUUACUUGAUCGAUAACAAAACUGAAAAAAAAAAUCUGUUUCUGGUGAACAAAGUAACUGUUAGACUAUGAUAUAAAGAGCUGGGUACCGCUGUGGCUAGCUGCGCUCAGUAGCUAACAGGUUAGCCUGUUUAGCUCGGUCAGUUAGCCAUAUAAAGCUACACUACUUCUGAAUUUGGAUCAACAACAACCUUUCGUUUUCUACAAGUAGAAUAACUGCUAUAUUUAAUCCGUAUGAAAGUCAUCUUUAAGAUGCUCCAUUUGUCCUCCUCUGCCCUCAGAUCUUAAUAAAAAGAA